CGGCCUGCUUUUUCUUCUUUUAUGUGAAACCUAGCAACUUGUCCAUGCGGUAAAAAGCAUGGAGCAGCAUCAGAAUAAGGGGACCUUAGUCUCAAAGGAUUUGCUUUCCUGUGGUGACGAAGGAGGACUUCAUGAUAAGCUGCUUCUGAAGUCCAAAACAACCAAGAGCAGCAGCAGCAGCAGCAGCAGCACUUUGCAAACGACUGCUGUUCCGAGAAGCAGCGUACUGGACAGACUUCAGCUCUUCCUGCCACAAAUCGCGCAGGCCAAUGAGAAGCUCAAGCAGGAGAUGGAGUCCUGCCCCACUGGCCGCUUUGACAUUGAAAAUGUGGAGGAUGCUGGGAAAGUAAUCGAAAUGGACGUAGCCCUGGUGGACCUGGGUGACUCGGACAGCGACUCUGAGGAUGAGACAUCGGAUGAUGACAGCUCUGACUCGGAAUUUGAGGGCGAGAUCACAGAGGACAAUCUUAAACUGCCUGGGAAUAAGAAAAUCAAAGAAAAAGCUAACAUCAAAGUUCUGGGUGAGGACACUGUUUAGGACAUCCACUCUUGUCAUGCUGUGGGAGAAUCUGUAAGGAUGCUCGCUGGUCAGUGUGGGAGAACAUGCGUGACUACAUCUGACUGAAGACUUUGUUGACGUUUGAGGAUGUUAUGGGCAGGUCCUGAUGGGAAGCACCACACAGAUUAUCUAAAGCACAGAUUUUUGGCCUGACUGAACUUCACUGCAUUAGGUAAAAAGUGGCAUGGUUCUUAAGAAGCUGUACUUGUAGCACGUUGCUUCACAGGAAGGAAACUGUGUCACUGUAUUAAGCAGUGAGCUAUGCAGCAUAUUUCUCUCCAUUGAGUAAAAUAUUCAGUUCAUAAAUGUAUAAAUUGUACAGUCACCAUUUUUAACAUUAUGGAUGGACAGAGUGGUGUUCUGUUGAUAUGCAGUUCAGAAAUAAUGUAGUUUAUUCUAUAUUUUUCUAGUUUGCCUGAUCUUUUCUUUAAUCGUGUAUAUAAACUUUUUGAUAUAUUUUGAGGUUUAUUGGAACAGCUGUUUAUUUGGCAAAAUUUAAUUUCUUUAAAUAUUAUGACAUAUAUUUUUAUGUAUAUUUACACCGUGCAAUGCAUUUUUUUUAAAACCUUAAUGUUUGUACAUCUGGACAACACGCACAGGAAAUCAACUCAGGAAAACUCAGUGACACAUUUCCACUGGCAACAUUUUAUUGUUGGGAAAAAGUAGGUGUGCAUAACCCCCGUGUGACAUCUGUAAGCAGCCCUUCCACAAAGAAUAUGAAAAUAACCGUUAUUUCCAACUCAAUGUGUGAGAGGAAUUAAGUCCUGCAUCACAAUAGGUCUCACCUUUGGAGUUUGAUAUGUGGUAGCUUAUUGUUAAUGGCUGAGGUAAUGGUUUAGUGUGUGAGUGCUGUAUAUUCUGUGUAUUAAAUUCACCCCACUGUGUUGGUCUGCAGCAAA